AUGUCAGAGAAGUUAAAUAUAGCUCUCAGCAAGUAUGAGGGAGCUAUUGCACAAGAAAAACGUCCGUUAAAGAAGAAAAAAGACUCUCCAGUCGACUUAGUGCCUUUAUUAGCCUUAUAUCGCUACGCCAAAGGUCCAGACUAUAUCUUAUUUAUUGUUGGUCUAAUCUCAACAAUUGCUUUUUCAAUUCUGCCUUUAUUUUUAGUCAUUAAGAUCGGAGAAGUUAUAGAAGCAAUGACCAAGUAUGGAGCUGACCUCGAGACCUUCUACGAAAAAGAACGAGAUAUCGCAAUUGUCCAAUUCAUUUUGGGAGCUGUGACCGUUGUAGCUGGAUGAAUUGCCGUUGUCGCUUUUAUCCGACUCGGCAGCAACGUAGGACUUAGAUGGAAAAGUGAAUAUUUCAGGACUGUCAUAAAUAGACCUAUAAAGUGGUUUGACAAGCAUAAUCCUGCUGAAUUCGGAAGCUCAAUUGACAUGGACUGCAAUGCUAUUGAGCACGCAUCAGGAGAAAAGGUCAUGCUUUUGCUGUCAGCUGUCAUUUUCUUUAUUGGCUCAUGGAUACUAGCAGCUAUCAUUAGUCUGCAGCUUACCCUUAUAGCACUUGUUAUGGUCCCUAUACAAAUUGCUUCGGCAGUUGGAAUUGAAAGAGCCUCAAUACACUCCACAGUUAUAACUCAAGAAAAGUAUAAAAUAGCUGGAGGGAUUGCAGAAGAAAGUUUGGAAGGCGUCAAAACAGUCGCUUCUUGUAAUGCACAAGACACGCUUGCGAAAACUUAUCAAAAAGAGCUAGAGCCACUUAAAGGCGCUACAACACUUAUGGGAACUUUGCAUGGGUUUGGCUGGUCUGUGUUUUUUGUGGUGCUUUUUUCAUUCUGUGGAGCAAUUUAUUAUUAUGGAGCUAAAUUUUAUGAUGAUGGAGUAGAAAAUUGGUCUAAUGGAGAAGUAUUUGAACCUCAAUAUGUCAUUAUGAUUUUCUUUGCCUGUGCUAUGUCAUCAUUUUACCUUGGAGCUUCAAUUCCUUGUCUACAAUACAUCCAAAACGGAAGAGUUGCCGCAUCCAGAGUAGCCCACAUAAUCGCCAAAAAUAACAAAUUUGACGGCUACCGACGUGCAGAAAAUGUCCUUAAAGGCGAAAUCGAGUUCAAAGAUGUGCACUUCAGCUACCCUUCAAACAGAGAAGUUAGAAUUCUUCAAGGAGUUUCUUUUAAAGUCAACUCAGGGCAGUCUUUAGCUAUUGUCGGAGAAACUGGGUCAGGGAAAAGCACCAUUGUGCAGAUGAUUGAAGGAUUUUACUAUUGUGAUGCUGGGGCUGUCUGUAUUGAUGGGAUUAAUAUAAGAGAAUAUGACUUGUCAAGCCUAAGAAAUUAUAUUGGACUAGUAGGCCAGGAACCAGUUUUAUUUAAUACAUCUAUUAAAGAAAACAUCAGAAUGGGACGACUUUCUGCAUUUGACCAAGAAAUUUAUGAUGCAGCUGCAGAAGCAGAGGCUACUACAUUUAUUGAGCAUUUAGAAAAUAAAUAUGAAACUUAUGUGGGUGUUAAAGGGUCACAAAUUUCAGGAGGCCAAAAACAAAGAAUUGCGAUUGCAAGAGCUAUGAUAAAGAAGCCUAAAAUUUUGCUAUUGGAUGAGGCUACGUCAGCAUUGGACAUGCACACAGAAAGAAAAAUCCAGCUGACACUUGACAAAGUUAUGAAAGGCAGGACCACAAUUAUAGUAGCCCAAAGACUCAGCACCAUCAAAAACGCUGAACGUAUCAUUGUCCUAGACUCUGGAAAAAUCAUAGAAGAAGGAACCCAUUCUUCUCUGACUGAAGCCAACGGCGCCUAUGCAAGACUUCAAGCAAUCCAAAAACAGGUCGAAACAGCAUCUGAAAAAUCCAGGCAAAAUUUAAAGCAAAUUAAGCAGCAUCACGGUGACGUUGAACAAGAAAAAGCAACUGAAGAUAUUGACGGUGGGCUAAUGAUGAAAAGAAUUCUAUCUCUAAUGAAAAACUACGUAGGGUGGCUGCUCAUUGCAAUUGCCUGUGCAGUAGUCACAGGGCUGCUUUUCCCUAUUUUUGGCUAUCUGUUUUCUGAUAAUAUCAUUGUUAUGCUAAGACAUAGAGGAGAUGAUAUGAUUGACCCUAUAAGAGAAAACAUGUAUUAUCUAUUUAUAGAGGCAGGAAUCGUAUUUUUCACAUUGACAAUCCUAUCAGCUGCCUUGUCAAGAAUCACUGCACUUUAUACCUACGAUCUAAGGUUCCAAGGACUUAAGUCUCUUCUCUAUUACGACCAAAAAUUCUUUGAUAGACCUACAAGUAACCCAGCGACUUUAUCAUAUAGACUUUCUUCUGACUGUGAAAAAAUCUCCCAGAUUGGAGGCCCAGUUUUAGGACUACAAGGACUUGUUGUGGCUGCUUUAGCUGGGGGUGUUGUUAUUGCUACACAAGAAGACAUUACUUUAUCUCUAGUAGUUUUGGCACUGAUUCCUUUUAUUAUUAUUUCUAAUGCUAAAGGCGAAAUUUUACAGUUUGAAGGGCUAAGCCAAAAUGACUUAAAGAAUACCUCAGCCAUUGCUUCAGAUUCUUUAACAAAUAUAAAAACAGUGCAUUCUUUUAAUAGACAAGGAUAUUUCCACCAGAGAUAUAUAACAGCUACAGAAACUGAAAACUUGGCAGUCGGCAAAAAAGCUCAUGGAAAUGGGAUUAUGUUUGGGCUCAGAUAUAUGGUGCUUUAUUAUGUGUGGGGAAUUUUGGCUUGGUAUGGCGCUUAUAGAGUUAAAGAAGGCCAAAUGGACAUUGAGGCCAUGCUGACUGUAUUUUUCUGCAUUAUGUUUUCAAGCUGGGGAUUUAUGGUUGUAGGAGCACUGGUACCUGAUAUUGAAGGAGGCAUUGAGAGCGCCAAACAUAUGUUUGCAGUUAUUGACUACAAGCCAGAAAUCAAUGCUAACUCAGACUCAGGGAUAUUGACACCAAUAAAAGGCAGCGUUUCUUUUGAUAAUGUGAUUUUCCAAUAUGAAGGAAGGAGCAAUAUUGUCCUUCAUAAUGUAUCUUUUAAGCUGGAAGCUGGAAAAACGCUAGGAAUUACUGGGACAACAGGGUCAGGGAAGUCAACCAUUGCACAGCUGAUUAUGAGAUUUUAUGACCCAAGUGCGGGAACUAUACAGAUUGAUGGGAAACCAAUAAAAGAGUUCAAUUUAAAGCAUUUGAGGCAUCAUAUUUGUUGGGUUGGACAAGAGCCGAUAUUGUUUAAAGGGUCUCUUAUGUAUAACAUGAGGCUUGCUAGGAGUGAUGUGACUGCGGAAGAAGUACAAGAUGCCAUAAUAAAGGCACAAGGACUUAAUAUAUUGAAUAAGUAUGGACUGGAGUCAGAUGUGGGUCUUAGAGGAAGCAAACUUACUCCUCUCUGUGAGCGAAUUGAAUUUUUCUUUUUUAGGAUUGUUUAUAUGAAAUGCUAUUAAAAUCAAUUAAUAUUCUGGCAAUUUUUAAUAUAUUCCAUAUUUUAAAAAAUUAAAAUAAUUUUAUUUGAUUUAAUGCUUAAAUUAAACUAUAAAUAGCCCCCCCAAUUUUCAAAAUUAAUAAAAAAAAUGCCUACUGCCUCCGAAAAAGAGAUUCAAGACUCCAAGAGAAGACUCCAUCAAGAGAGAACUUACUCAAAGGCAUUCCUCAACCUCCAAGACGCCCCUUGAAGGCCCUAUCAUCUCUACCUCUUAGGGAUAGGGUUCUUCUCUUCAAAAGAGCAAACCCUGAAAUCCCUGGCAUCUUGUGUAUCAAGUGCCAUGAGGUAGUUCCAAACAACUUGGCAUCGGAACAUACGCUUAGCUGCCUCAAGCUAAGCAAUUCGUAUGCCAAAUGGAACUAUCUCCAGAUGAUUGUUCAUAGGAUCUCUAAGAUCGGAAAAUCUCUGGAAGUAGAGAAAUAUGGCGGCUUAUCUAAGGAAGUCGCUCUUGCUUUAAAAAAGAUGUGCGAAAGCACAAAUAGCAAGAGCGCAAGGGCUAAAAGGAGUUAUGCCUUGACGAUAGUAGGCCAAUUGGAGUCUCUCUUAAAAUCCCCAAAAAUUUCUGAUGGUCUCAAGACUUAUAUACGGAGACUUCAAAAGCUAUUUCAAGAGCUUUUACAUUUAAAUUUUUUUAAUUUAAAUUAAUUUUUGUUUAAUUAGUUUGCUUUUUAAUUUAAUUUAUUACUAAGUUUUGUUUAUUAAAUCGCUAUAUAUUUUUUUUUCAAUAAUAAAUAAAUAUGAUUUUUUUCUUCUUUUAAUAUGUAAUAUAAAAUAAUUAAAAAAAUAUUUCAAAAUAUAUAAAUAAGCAUAAUUUAAAAAAUUAAUUUUUAUAAAUAAAAAAAAAUUUUAAAUAAUAGCCUAGCAUUUAUAUAUAAAAUAAAUUGAAGAAUUAAAGAGUCAUUGAUUUUCUCAAUUUUGGCAAUGGUUUUGCUCACUAAUGAAAACGAGUUAGUGGAGGUGAAAAACAAAGAGUUGCAAUUGCAAGAGCUUUAUUAAGAAGACCAAAGAUUCUUGUGUUAGAUGAAUCCACUAGUGCUCUAGAUCCAGUCACAGAAGCGAAUUUACAAGAAAAGCUAAAAGAAGAAAAGUUUACUAUAAUUGCAAUUGCACACAGGCUGAAGACAAUUAGAUACUACGACAAUAUCAUUCUUCUUGAAUUGGGAACUGUCGUGGAGCAAGGAAAUCAUGACACCCUUGUUAGUAUACCAAACGGAUAUUACAGGCGACUAUAUCAAAGUUCAGAAUAA